AUGACUCUCAGCUCACAGGCUUCUAAUGCCAUCAUUUAUGUGACUUAUGGGCUGACUUUAAUAUUCUGUGUGGGGCUAGCUUGGUAUCAUAAUGACAAGUCAAAAUUCUUAUCGUCAAACCAGACAAAAACAGGGAUACCACUGGCCCUUAACUUCAUAGCCUCGGCGAUGGGGUGUGGUAUUCUUACAACAUACACACAAGUGGCUAACUUGGCAGGUAUACAUGGAUUAAUGACUUAUACUAUUGUUGGAGCUUUGCCCAUAUUCUUUUUCUCCUUCUGGGGACCUCUUAUCAGAAGAAAAUGUCCAGAAGGAUUUGUUCUGACUGAAUGGACUUUCCAAAGAUUUGGAAGUGUCACAGGAUAUUAUCUGUCUCUUGCCACAAUUUUGACAAUGUUCUUGUUCAUGGUGGCAGAACUUAGUGCUAUUAAGUUCGCUGUCGAAGCUUUGACAGGUUUGGACGGCCUUCCUGUGGUCAUCGUUGAGUGUAUUGUCACGACCAUUUAUACUUCUAUUGGAGGCUUCCAGGUUAGUUUUUCUACAGAUAAUUAUCAGGCCUGUGUUGUUCUAGUCUUGGCAGUUAUUGGUGUCAUUGGCUUUGCUCUGAACGUCAACAUUGACCCAGAACUUAAAAGAGAAACUGAAAGCUACCUAUUGGGUGCCAACAAGUUAGGAUGGCAAUUACUUUACAUCUUGUUUAUUGCUAUUGCUACUUGCGAUUGUUUCAUAUCAGGAUUUUGGUUAAGAACAUUUGCAGCAAAAACAAACAAGGACCUUAUGAUUGGAACCGGUAUUGCGUCUAUUGUUGCCAUGACCAUCUGCACUUUGGUAGGUUUGCCAGGCAUUUUUGGUGUGUGGACAGGAGAUGUGGUUAUCGGAAGUCCCGAAGGUUACCUGUCUUUUUUCAUCAUGGUAUCAACCAUGGGCAACUGGAUGAUAGGAUUAAUCCUGAUCUUUUCCAUUGUUCUAAGUACUUGUACCUUUGACUCGCUUCAAAGUGGAUUGACCUCCACUAUUGUCAACGAUUUUGGAAGAGGACGUAUGCCUCUUUGGGCAGCUAGAGUAAUCACUAUUUUGGUUAUGGUCCCUUCCAUUGUCGUUGCUGUCAAAGUUGCAGAUGAUGUUUUAAAGAUAUACUUCAUUGCCGAUUUGAUUUCUUCCUCGGUCAUUCCUUCUCUGUUCAUCGGUCUCUCCACUCGCUUCUACUUCUGGUCUGGUUGGGAAGUAGUCGGUGGUGGAUUUGCUGGUCUUUUUUUCGUGUGGGUCUUCGGAACCGUUUACUACGGUGAUGCCGCUGAAGGAGGCAAGUUGUUACUGAUUUGGAAUGGUAUCUACGAUUCUGAAGAUUGGGGUCCAUUUGGUGCGUUUGUUGUUGCCCCAGGUGUGUCUUUGGUAGGUGGUUUGAUCAUCUGUGGUGUACGAUUAGCAGUUCUCAAGGUAUACAGCAACAUUAAGGGUACUCCAUUUACUGCUCUUGAUAGACCUGAAAAACUUGGCUUUGGUGGUGUCGCAAUUGGUGACUCUUCCGAUAUUGAAGAGGUCUACGAAGAGACUUUAAACGAAUCUCAAUCAAAAAAAUCUACUGAUUACGUCAAGGAAGAAGAUAAUUUCCGUGCUUGA